ACUCCCCUUUCUACUCCAUUCCAAUUUACUCCAUAAAUCUUCUUUUUCAAUCGAAGCUUCAUUCCUUUGAUCAUGGCGACACCAAAUGAAGUUGCAGCUCUCGAGUUCAUCAGGCAACACCUUCUAGACGAAUUUGAAUCCUCUCCUAUCGAUCAAAUCUUCACCGAUUUCACUUACACACCUAGCUUUAACUCCGAUGAUCAUUGCUCCAUUUCCAGCUCUCACUGUGAUUCUUCGUCUUCAACCACUUCUCCUCUCUCUGAUUUCUCCAAUCAUUCCAUUGAUUACGAUUUAACUCGUACUAUCAGUUUUUCUGAAACUGAAUCCACAGAACAUGAAACCACCAAUCCGGUAUCCACAAAACCAGUCGAACGAACUGCCGGAGGGAGAGAAGAGAGGAGAUACAGAGGCGUGAGGCAGAGGCCGUGGGGGAAGUUUGCGGCGGAGAUCCGAGAUCCAAAACGUCGCGGAUCUAGGGUUUGGUUAGGCACAUUCGAUAGUGCGAUUGAAGCAGCGGAGGCGUACGAUAAAGCGGCGUUUGCGAUGCGAGGUAGCAAGGCGAUUCUUAAUUUUCCACUUGAGGUUGCGUCGUUGAAGAAGAUGGAUGAAUACGGUGGAGGCCAUAAAAGGGACAGAGAACAUGAAGUGGUGGUGGAGAGGAAUACGAUAAUGGCGGAGACUGCCGUUGAUGAUCCAGCGACGCCGUCGUCUAAUUGGAUAACUUUCUUCAAUAGCUGAGGUGUCCGGCGAACCUCCGUCGCCGAAUGCCUGCCGAUGAGACAUUCGCAGCUUGUCAUAUGAGUUAAAAGGCGUUGCAGAAAUCAUUGAGAGCAUGCAAAUAUACAAAUCACAAAGCUUCCAACAGUGAUCAAUCAAACUUCGUUUCAAGGUUUACAAGAUAUUUGAACAAUUACACAACUUUCUUGUUUUGAUCUUGUUAUAAUAGCUGAAAUUCAUCUAAAAUAACUCGAAAGAUAUUGUAUCCUACUUCAAAAGAGUUGAAUAUUUUUAUUCAUCAGCUGAUAAUGAGAAAUUUGAUUUCUUCCUACCCAUUAAA